AUUGUCACCAAAUUAAAGACAGAACAAAAAGAAUUUACAUUUUCUGCACAGCUAACACUUUUUCUCGGCCCUCUUCACUGUUUUUUUCUUAACAGAAAAAGAAGCUCUACAUUCCUGUUCUUCAUACUCCAACCUAAGCAUUACAUACUCUUAUCUUCCCUUAAUUUUUGUUUUGUUUAACCUACCAAUUUUAAUUAUUUCGUAUUGGGUUUUCUAAGAAGCUGAUCGUAAUUUCGAAAAUCAAUGGUUUUUCUGGCUUCCAUAAAUUCCAAAUAACUCAUGCGCGCCAGCUGUUCGACGAUAGUUUGCAAUGGAACUCUGUGCUUGAGAUAUGCGAAUUCAACGUCAAAUCCAAAUCUUCUUUUCGUUCCCUUCCGUAAUCCCAAAUUCUUUUAGAUUUUAGCUUUUAACAGCUUGUCUGUUGUUUGAUAUCCUUCUCUUCUCUAAGUAUAGACAUCUAUAGUAGAGGCCUUUGGUUAUUGAAGUUACAAGCAUUCUCAGAUGGUUAAAUUCUCACUGGCUACUAAGCGAUACACUUACAUCCAAGACUGCAAGUGGCCUCUUGAAGUCAUUGACACCCACCAUGUUAUCCUCCGCAGAAGCCGUGGAAAGAGUUUCUUUUCUUUCCUCAUCGCUAUUAUUAUUUUAGGAAAUUUUUUAUCUCUUUCCCUACUUCAGGACAAGUUGCAUGCGGUUGCUAUUGGGAGCUUCCUGUUAAGUGGAUUUUUGCUGACAUUACUUCUUUGGAAGCCUGUUAAGAAAGAGUCUGUUAUAAUUAUGCCAGCUUUUGGAGUUCAACUUGAAACACACUAUUUAAGUGGAAGAAUAAUUCGUCGAUUUGUUCCCAUCGACAAUAUCUUGAAGCCUGUUUUACUAGAAUGUGUGACUCCAAUAACAUGUUACUGGAGCCUGUCUUUGAUUGUACGCGGGCAGGAAGAACUUAUGUUGGUAUUUAAGUUCGUCCACCGGUGAAGAUGUUGGUUCCCAUCUGGAAGGCCUUGUGCUCGGCUACUGAUGGUAACAAAAGUUCAGCGGCAGUUGAAUGACCAGUUUCAGUCAACUAUUUCACCCACCAGCUUGCAAGUUGAUAGGCAAGAGAGCAAGCCUGAAAUAUGGAUAAGUUGAGGUGAUCCUUGGAAGUACAAGGCAUUUAUCGCCAAUUUCUUAGAUUUUGUUUCUAUAUGAAAGGCCUGUUUUAUUUUCUAGAGGAAGUGAAAUUUUGUUAGGAGCCUAUCACUUUUGCACUGAUCUGGAAGGGAUAUUUUCCCUGACCUUUAUAAGCUAAUAGAAUGACUCUUUUGCUAUC